GAGCCUUCAAAAAGUUCCAGGCGGGCAGCAGGGUCUUUGCCUAUACCCAAUGUUAGUCUUGGUAUGCCCAGUUCAGUAAUUUGGUCUCAAUCGUUUAUUGACAAACCACUGCAACGGCGCGUGGCCUUUUUUUUCAUACUUGGGGCACAAUGAUGGCGCCCAGCUUGCGGACUUCCGCGGGCAUUGUUCGUCCGGGGCGGCUCAUUCUCAGCGCAGCCUUUCGAGCAGGACGACGGCGAACGUUUGCGACUGUCUCGGAAAACGCAAGAUCUUUCGACGUCGUCGUCAUCGGUGGGGGACAUGCCGGAGCCGAAGCCUGUGUGGCGGCGGCCCGAGCCGGCGCGCGAACGGCACUAGUAACACCAAAGAUGGACAACCUCGGCACCUGCUCCUGCAACCCGAGCAUCGGCGGCAUCGGAAAGGGCACCAUGAUCCGCGAGAUCGACGCACUCGACGGCUUGGCUGGGCGCGUGGUUGACAAGGCCGGCGUGCAGUUCAAAGUGCUGAAUCGCAAAAAGGGCCCUGCCGUCUGGGGCCCGCGUGCCCAGAUCGACCGCGAGCUCUACAAAAAGCACAUGAGGGAGGAACUGCUCUCGUACCCGAACCUCGACGUCGUGCUCGACAGCGUCGACGACAUCAUCGUCGGCGAGAAUCCGGAUCCGAGUACCGGCGCCAAGGGCAAGAUCCAGGGCGUGAGGCUUGCGUCUGGGGAGGAGAUCAGAACAAACCAGGUCGUCAUCACGACGGGGACAUUCUUGGGUGGGGAGAUACACAUUGGGCUCGAGGCCUUCCCGUCAGGUCGCAUGGGCGAGGCUGCGACGUUUGGGCUGAGCAAAUCUCUGAGAGACGCUGGGUUCCAGCUCGGGAGGUUAAAGACGGGGACGCCACCGCGUCUGGACAAAAAGAGCAUCGACUUUGGCAUUCUUCAAGAACAUGGAGGCGAUGAGCCGCCGAUGCCCUUCAGCUUCAUGAACGACAGCGUCGCGGUCAAGGAUCAACUGCUGUGCCAUAUGACAUACACCAACCAAGCCUCGCACGACGUUGUGCGCGCAAACUUGGACAAGACGAUACACAUCCGAGAAACGGUUAAGGGGCCGAGGUACUGCCCGUCUCUUGAGGCUAAGGUAAUUCGCUUCCCCCAAAGAGAUUCGCAUGUAGUCUGGCUUGAACCGGAGGGUUUCGAUACGGAUGUCAUCUACCCGAAUGGCCUAUCCAUGACUAUCCCUGCCGCGGCCCAGGAAGAACUCCUGCGGACAAUUGUCGGGUUGGAAAACGUGAAGAUGUUGCAACCCGGUUACGGAGUGGAAUACGACUACGUGGAUCCAAGAUCACUCAAAUUAUCACUCGAGACAAAAGCCAUCUCGGGCUUGUUUUUGGCUGGCCAGAUCAACGGCACUACCGGCUACGAAGAAGCGGCAGGACAGGGCAUAGUCGCGGGCAUUAACGCCGGGCGCGCCGCAAUGGGUCUGCCAGCAGCAACUUUAACUCGCGCCGACGGCUACAUCGGCAUCAUGAUUGAUGACCUGGUCACAAAGGGCGUCUCGGAGCCCUACCGCAUGUUCACCUCACGAUCGGAGUUCCGCAUGUCUACCCGCGCCGACAACGCCGACUCAAGGCUGACAGCCCGCGGCCGCGCCUGGGGGGUAGUGUCAGACUCGCGCUGGGCAAGCUUUGAAUCUGAGCGUGAGCAAAUAGCCGAAUUGACCGAAGUGUUGGCCUCAGUCGCACAGGGCGCCGAGUCUUGGCAACGCGACGGUUUUCAAUCGGUUCGCUCCUCCAGUAGCCCCAUCAACGGGCUCGAUAUUGUUCGACGUGGCGUCGACAUUGCCUCGGACAACGGCGUGCUCGCCAAGAAGUUUCCAAAUCUGCACAAAUACCCGCGCAGAAUAAGGGAGCGCGUGGCCGUGGAAGCGGCGUAUGCCCCCUACGUUGAGAAGGACGUGCGAAUACGCGACCGGGCCUUGCGGGACGAGGGGCUGAUUCUGCCACCCGACAUCGACUACGACACCGUUUCGGGCAUCAGCAUCGCAGAGAGGCAGGCCCUAAUGGCGAUCAGACCCGAGACGAUGGGUCAGGUCAAGAGGUUGGAGGGCAUGACACCUGCGGGGGCCUUCAACCUGCUGCUGUACCUUAGGCGGAACCACGGGCAGAAGUCCGAAAGCAGUCGCAUUGACUGGCCAGUGAAAGAUGUCGUCGCGUUCGACGAUGCAUUUCCCAUGGGGGGAUAGGCCAGUUCUCUCUAGCAGGCGCACGUGUCUUGCAAGCUAGAGGCCGGCUUCUUGUUAACCUCAAAUCAAACGUGAGUAGGGUUGCACCCUGCUCAAGGGGGCGUGUGUGUGUGGGGGGGGGGGCGGAGCUUGUUGUGUAUAAUUACGACCCAUGAGACAAUUGUAACACCAUGUAACGACCAUUAUUUGUACAUAGUAUAUGCUGAGCUUAGAGCUAGGUACCUAUAGAAACCAUGUAAUCCUACGAAAUGCUAGCUCUUUAUGGCUAUC